AUGAAAUGUGACCCCAAAUAUUUGAGUUGUUGGAAUAGAAAAAGACAUUCAGGUCGAGUUAAAAAUGAAAAUAAUAUAUUACCAACUUUUUUAAAUGUUGAGAAAGAUUUCGGAAGGACGGCCAUCAUUGAUUUUGAAAAAAGUUUGAAAUAUGAGGAUCUAUUCAGAGAAAGUGAGAUUGUGGCUCGGAAAAUUCAAAAUCUGUGUGGUUGUAAAUCAUUCGAUGAAAAUGAACGUGUUUUAUUUCAAAGUGUAAAUGAUCGUAGAUACACCGUUAUUACGUGGGCAAUAUGGAUGCUAGGUGGCGUAUGUGUCCCCAUCAGUAAAUCAUGCUCCAAUUCCGAUCUGGAAUAUUUUGUUCAAGAUGUAGAGCCAUCGAUCAUAUUUGAAUCUUCUCUCCUUCCAUUUCAGUUAGAUUAUGAUACAGCAGUAGAAGUUGAUAUUAAAGAAGGAAAUUUUAUAAACCACAGUAAAACUGAUGUUAAAUACCAAAAUAAACCAGCCAUGAUUGUUUAUACUUCUGGUACUACAGACAGACCAAAGGGAGUGGUAUUAACCCAUGGUAAUCUAUGUAGUCAGAUGUCUGGUAUGAUCCAGUCUUGGGGCUGGACUAAUCAAGACAGAAUAUUACACACUCUGCCUCUACAUCAUGUACAUGGUAUCGUCAAUGUUUUAAUGACCUCGCUACAAGUUGGAGCCUUGUGUUACAUGUUACCACAGUUCGAUGCUAAACAGGUAUGGAGGUGUCUGACAGAACCCCUUCCCCAGUUAGGAGGUGAACAUAUCAAUGUAUUUAUGGGGGUACCAACGAUGUAUGCUAAAUUAAUACAGUAUUAUAAUAAACAUAUCACAGACACUCAGACAAGAGAUCAUAUUAAACAUGUCUGUCAGUCUAAAAUCAGAUUAAUGGUGAGUGGUUCGGCAGCGCUGCCAGAGCCUGUGAUGACACGAUGGGAAGAAAUUACAGGACACAGACUACUAGAAAGAUAUGGUAUGACAGAAAUAGGAAUGGCGUUAUCUAAUCCUCUACAUGGACCUAGAAUACCAGGCUCCGUGGGUCUGCCCUUUCCCAACGUAGAAGUGUGUAUAGUUAAAAAGCAAGAAGAAAGGUCAGAGAAAGGUUAUGAGGUCAUAGUUCAAGGUGAUUCUAGUCACACAACUGUCACUCCAGAGUGUGAUAAUAUGAUAGGAGAGUUGUAUGUUAGAGGACCCAAUGUUUUCAGUGAAUACUGGAAUAAACCACAUGCUACCCACAAGUCUUUUACCACAGACGGCUAUUUCAAAACAGGUGAUUCUGUCGUGUUUGGAGACGAAGUUUAUAAAAUCGUUGGUCGAACAUCAGUAGACAUCAUUAAGAGUGGUGGAUAUAAAAUCGGGGCACUGGAAAUUGAGCGUCACAUUCUAUCACAUCCAAAUAUUACAGAUUGUGCCGUGGUGGGCGUGCCAGAUGAAAUUUGGGGUCAGAAAGUUGCCACAGUUUUAGUUGUAGCAGAUCAGGGAAAAAUGUCUGUUGAUGAAAUAAAAGAUUUUUGCAAGGACAAAAUGUCCCCUUAUCAGAUCCCUAAAGUUGUAUUAUGUGUGGAGGUCAUGCCUAGAAAUGCUAUGGGAAAGGUCAACAAGAAAGAACUUGUUAAAGAUUUGUUUUCAUAG